AUGCAACAGCGCUUUGACCAAAAUGGCUGGUGUGUUCAUAUCACUAGACCCGAAGCUGCUAAAAAGUUUUUGUUGAAAACGGAACUUUUUCGCAAGAAGGAUCUCAAGCGUCUUCAACAUGAACGAAAAGGUACUUUGAUAUCCAAACUUGCUCUUGGACCCAAUGUGCUCUUUUUGAACGGAAAAGAAUGGAAGCAUCACCGCAUGAUUGCAAAUCCUGCGUUCCAUCGUUCGAUGCCUAUCGAAUUAUUCGGACAUCUUGUGGAAAGGCUUUUCAAGGUUAUGGACGCUUCUCCCGAUCCGGUUGAUUUUCACGAUAUGAUGGAGCGCUGGACCCUUGAAGCUAUCGGAUUAGCGGGAUUCGGUUUCGAAUUUAACUCUCUUGAAGACAAGGAUAACGAAUGGGUUACACUUUACAAUGAUUCUAUCAAUGGUACAAGAGAUCCAAUGUUCGCACUCUUCCGUAAGCUUGACACUUGGUUUCGGCUCCUGUUUCCAAAGAGGAAGAGGCUACACGGCGAGAUGGACAAGUUUCUGAACAUGAUGCAUGGUGCUGGAAAGGAGAUUGAAAAAGCCGCUUUGACUGAUGAGGAGCUACGGAGUAAUCUUUGCAUUUUCUUUGUGGCAGGACAUGACACUACCGCCAAUGCUUUAUCAUUCGCAGCUUAUUAUCUAGCCAUUCAUAAGGAUAUACAACAAAAAGCAAGAGAGGAAGCAAUCCGUGUUUUGGGUGAUGAGCCAAAAGAUAUACUUUCUGAUGCUGACCAGCUGCACGAGAUGCCGUACAUCAACAUGAUAAUCAAGGAAGUUCUGCGUAUGGAUGGUCCAGCGGCAACUGUAGUGAUCCGUGAAGCGACAGAGGAUACUGACUUAUCGGUCCAGAUGAAUUUAAUCCUGAGGAGGUUUGCACCAGGUGGCGAAGCGGAACAUAAUGGAAUGAGCUGGUUACCCUUCUCUAUCGGAGCACGGCAGUGCAUUGGUAUGAACUUUAGCCUAGCCGAGCAGCGUUUCUUACUGCCUAUGCUGUUACGAAAGUACGAAUGGUCGUUGUCAGAAAACUCGGCCCACAAGAACAAACUUCUUGACAAAGGUUUCGAUGUUAUCAGCCCCAAUGUGCUUGAGAUCAACUUUCAAAAGCGAUAUUAG